AUGUCUAUGGUGUCUUUAUUGUUCCGAAGCUGGUUGCUGUUAGCAGUGAGUUUGGCUCAAUCAGGAAUUGAAACAGAAGAGUUUGGAGAAGGGAGCAGCUCGACUUCACAGAGCGACACCACUGCACUUGAUGAGGAUUUAGUAUUUUAUAAGCAUACAUUUCUUGAAGGUUAGUUUACACAGUCGACGUCAACUUAAGAUACUGAUUGCUGCAGAACGUUUAUGGAAUAUAGAUAGAAUAUUGUAACUAGUAAUCGGCCCCUAACUAGUGAGUAGUGUAAUACUAGUUUGUAAUAAGAGAAAACCUCUGGCAAUUCAAUAUAUACCGCGCAUUGAGCAUUCCUUCUAUGGAGAAUAAGGGUUGUUCACCAAUCAAUAUGUUUUCAAUUCUAAGGACUGUUCUCAAAGCAUGUCUUGUACACACUGGUAGCAAAAGCUAAUUGAUGAGGAUGUUUAAUGUAAGAAAUUCAAUAUACAUGAUACCAGAGGGCAUGAACUUUUGUCUCUAACGAUGAUUAUGGAUUAUAUACAGGUCCGUGAAAUGUCUUGCAUACAAAGCCGGGUACGAUCCUUCUGUUUCGGGUGUGGUUAGGGUGGUGAUUUGUGAAACACGAGGAUGUUAUUCAAAGUUGGAACUCAAUGGGUGACAACUGUAGGACCAUGAAGUGAAUUAAAAAUACUUGCCUUACAAGAACCUGUAGAGACAGGAUGUUGGUAUUCGUGAAAGGAGCAAUCCCAGAAGAAUGUAUAAAUGUAGGCCAACCUCUAUUCAUCGAACACCUUCGGGACCCUUCCGACUUUAUCACCUUGACGGGGCCACCAAGAGGGGUUUCAAUUGUUUUCAAUAUAAUCUUUUCAGGCUAUCGUUUCCCUCAUGGUAUUAUUCAAAUGACGACGGUGACAUCCUUAAUUGAAUGUUUGUUUCAAUGUGCAAAUGACGUUGGCUGCUUGGCAAUAAACUAUAGAGAGGAUUUGUUGCAAGAGAACAUGACAGAGAACUGUGAGUUGAUUGAAACGAUCGCGGUGAACUGGUCUGAUGAAUUGCUCAGAGAUGUUCGGUAUAGGUUUUACAUGAUAAUACAGAAUAAUCUACAG